AUGAUAUAAGCAGUGGUAUGAAGUAUGUGUUCUUCACUUAGUCAUAGGAAAAGACUGAUCAGUUCCAGGAGGAAGAUUUACAACGCAUUCUGUCGUCUUCAUGAUGCAGGAAUAUCUCACAAUGACGUGGAACCCAGAAACAUCCUGUUGACACCAUCUGGAGAGGUCAAAGUUGUUGAUUUUCAUGUUGCUUCUGAACAUAAAUGUCCAGCAGAUGGAUGUGACUAUUACGAACGCAUAAGUCGAUACUUGAACUUUUGAGUUAGUGUAGAUCCCAAGUUCCAGUCUGUCACACUCGAGAUGAUGAUAGUUACACCAUGCUUAACCUGCAAGUAGUUACCCUCAGUUAGAACAAGAUUCCUUGUGUAGAUGUAGUAACAUAGAGGCCUUUGAACUUUAAAGUUAAAAAUUUCAUAGACAAUGAAGCUCGU